UCUCAUUCUGGCUGGAGGCUUCUGAGGGAGACCCCACAUGAACAGGCUUACUGGACGACGAGGUGCUGUAUCUAAGCAGCUCCGCUGACAACCUGACAGCUCUCACGGUUUCUGGAUUAGUGAUUACGUCCAUCAACUCUCAAGAUAAGACAAUCUCCGUAGGAAAAAACCUACGGUAAUUACUUUUAAAAGACAAAACAGGAAUUCCCGGACAAAUGUCACAGGUUGAGCAAGAGAUCUCACUGGUACAGAGGAAGAUGUCCGACCUCGAGUCCGUGCUCCAGCAGAAGGACAUAGAGCUAAAGGCAUCGGAGACUCAGAGGACAAUCCUGGAGCAGAACCUGGCAACGUACAUCACAGAAUGCAGUAGUCUGAAGCGCAGUUUGGAACAAGCACGCAUGGAGGUGUCACAGGAGGAUGACAAAGCGCUGACGCUUCUCCACGACAUCCGGGAGCAAAGCAACAAGCUUCAAGAGAUCAAAGAACAGGAAUUUCAUGCCCAGCUUGAGGAAAUGCGAGUUUCCAUUAGACAGCUGGAAGAAGAUCUGUCCGCUGCCCGUCGCCGUAGCGACCUGUAUGAGGCAGAGCUAAAAGAGUCUCGACAGGCCAAUGACGACCUGAAGAGGAAGGCAGGGGAAUACCAGCACAGGAUUCACAAGGCCAAAGAGCAAGGCAAAGCAGAGGUAGAUGAGAUGAGCACCAAAUUGGAGAAGGCCAUUGCUGAGCAGCAGAUGAAGAUACAGGACCUACAGGAGAAGCUUGGCAAGGCAAUACGGGUCGGUGCUGAGUCCACAGACCAACUUCAGGGUAUGAAAGUGACCAAAGAGCGGUUAGAGCGGGAUAUGGAGAGGCUACAGAAUAAGGAAGACUCCAAUGACAGCCUGCGCAGACGCCUCCGUGAAACUGAGGAUGGAAGGAAGACCCUUGAGAACCAGGUGAAAAGGCUGGAGAUCGUUGAGCGUCGGGAGGCUAAACUGAAGGAUGAGCUCCAGAGCAAGGCCCAGCAGAUCCAGCAGAUGGCAGAUAAGAUUCUGGAACUGGAGGAGAAGAUGCGAGAGACCCAAGCCACCGCCCAGCGGCUGGAGACUAUCCUGAAACAGAAGGAAAAGCUCUAUGAGGAUAAGAUAAAGGUGCUGGAGGCUCAGAUGAAGGCGGACAUGGCAGAUAAGGAGAUGCUGGAGUCCAGUCAGAGCAAAUAUGAGGAGGAGGUGCGGGAGAAGUGCAGCAUCAUCAGUGAACAGAAGGCGACCAUAAAUGCAAUGGACUCAAAGAUGAACAGCCUGGAGCAGAGGAUUGUUGAGCUAUCGGAGGCCAACAAAGUGGCGGCCAACAGCAGCAUCUACACCCAGAAAAACAUGAAAGCCCAGGAGGAGAUGAUCUCGGAGCUUCGGCAGCAGAAGUUCUACCUGGAGUCUCAGGCCGGGAAGUUGGAGGCCCAGAAUGCCAAGCUGGAGGAGCAUCUGGAGAAAAUGAGUCAGCAAGAGCAGAGCAACAAGAGCCGCGUGUUAGAGCUGGAAACUCGGCUCAGAGAGAUCGGACUGGAGAACGAAGAGCAAAAGCUGGAGAUAAAGCGUCAGGUGACAGACUUGACCCUGUCUCUGCAAGACCGCGAAUCUCAGAUUAGCAACCUGCAGGCAGCCCGUCAUGCUCUGGAAAACCAGCUCCAGCAGGCCAAGACGGAACUGGAGGACACCACGGCAGAAGCAGAGGAGGAGAUCACCGUUCUCAGAGCACACAGAGAUGAGAUACAGCGCAAGUACGAUGCCUUGAGAGACAGCUGUGCAGUGAUUACAGAUCUGGAAGAGCAGCUGACUACGCUGACUCAGGAGAACGCUGAGCUGAACCGCCAGAACUUCUACCUGUCCAAGCAGCUGGAUGAGGCCUCCGAUGAGAGGGAGGAUCGGUUGCAGCUCAGCCAGGACGUGGACAGGCUGCGCCGGGAGGUGGCUGACCGGGAAAUGCACCUCAACAACCAGAAACAGAACCUGGAGACACUGAAGACCACAUGCACUAUGCUGGAGGAACAGGUCCUGGAGCUGGAGACCAUGAACGAUGAGCUGCUGGAGAAGGAGAGACAGUGGGACGCCUGGAGGGGAACGUUGGAGGAGGAGAAGAACCAAGCUGAGCGGCGGAGCAGGGACGUCCAGAGGCUGCUCGACACUGAGAAACAGAACAGGCUUCGUUCAGAGCAGCGCAGCUCUGAGUCUCGCCAAGCUGUGGAACAAGCAGUUAAGGAGCACAAGGCUGAGAUCCUGGCCCUGCAGCAGGCCCUCCAAGACCAGAAACUCAAAGCUGAGAGCCUCGCAGACACUUUGAAUGAUCUGGAGAAGAAGCACGCCAUGCUGGAAAUGAACACCCGGAGUCUGCAGCAGAAACUGGAGAGUGAAAGGGACGUGAAGCAGAGACUGCUGGAAGAACAAGAGAAACUGCAGCAGCAGAUGGAUGCCCAGAAGACGCACAUCUUCCGUCUGACCCAGGGGCUGCAGGAUGCUUUGGACCAGACCGAUUUGCUCAAAACUGAGAGGACAGACCUGGAGUACCAGCUGGAGAACAUCCAGCUCCACCUGCAGGCUGUGUACUCUCAUGAGAAGGUGAAAAUGGAGGGAACCAUCACCCAGCAGACCAAGCUUAUAGACUUCCUGCAGGCUCAGGCCCAUGGCGGCUCCAAGAAAAAAAAGGGUCUGUUUGGGCGUCGUCGGGAGGACCUGCUGGCUGCCAUGGCUGCUCAGAGUCAGAGUCAGGGCCAGGGUUCCCCCGUUCCCCCCAUCCAGCCCGUGCCUCUGCAGUACAGUGACAUGAAGGCAGCUCUGGAUAAAGAGCGUGGUCGCAGCUCUGAGCUGGAAGAUGCUCUACAAAAAAUGAGAGCAGAGCUGCGAUCUUUGAGGGAGGAAGCUCUCCAGUGUAAGGAUCAUGGCAACCCUGGGAACCCGGCACGACAACAGAUGAUCAUGUCUGCCAUGGCGAAGUCACCUGAGCACCAGCAGGGCCCGCCGUGCCUGGCACCCUCCAACUCCGGGCGCAGGAAGGAGACGCCAACGCCUGAGGAGAGAAGGAGGGUCACUUUUGAAAAGUACAGCCGUCGCUUGAAGGACAGUCAGAGAGACCGGGAGAGGGAGCGAGAGAGGGUGAUGCACCACAACACCCCUCACCGCUUCACAGUGGGACUCAACAUGAGAGCUGCCAAAUGUACCGUGUGCCUGGAUACCGUUCACUUUGGUCGCCAAGCAGCUACCUGUCUGGAAUGUCACGCUUUGUGCCACCCAAAGUGCUCCCCCUGCCUCCCGGCGACGUGCGGCAUGUCCAGCGACUGCUCCCUGCAUCUCUCCGAGGGUCAGUGUCGGGACAAGGGGAGUUCUCCAGGUCAGCAGCUCAAGGAGGCCAGUGGACACAUGCACCUGGAGGGCUGGAUGAAGCUGCCCAGGAAUGGAAAGCGAGGCCAAGGCUGGGAAAGAAAAUACUUGGUUCUGGAUGGGAGUAAAGUGUCCAUCUUUGACAUCGAGCCCAGAGAAGACUCAGUGAAGCCGCUGGAGGAGUUUGACCUGUGUCUCUCGGACGGAGAGGUGGUGGUUCACGGAGCAGUAGGGGCGUCCGAGCUGCCGAACACGGCCAAAUCAGAUGUUCCCUACGUCUUGAAACUAGAGUCCCGUUGUCACACUCCUUGCUGGCCUGGGCAGUCAAUGUUCUUCAUGGCCCCCAGUUUCCCAGACAAGCAGCGCUGGGUGGCCGUGAUGGACUCUGUCGUGGCCGCGGGUCGGGCCGCCCGGGAGAAGGCGGAGGCUGAUGCAGCUGCUGUGUCCAAAAGACAAAUGGUUCUGUCUCCUCUGGUCCAGAAGCUGCUUGGGAACUCUCUGCUGAAGCUGGAGGGAGACGACAGGCUGGACAUUAACUGCACCCUUCCUCUCACAGAUCAGAUUGUUCUGGUGGGAUCUGAGGAGGGUCUGUACGCUCUGAACGUGAUCAAGAACUCCCUGGCCCACGUCCCCGGCCUGGGAUCAGUCUUUCAGAUCCAGAUCAUCAAAGAGCUGGAGAAACUGCUGAUGAUUGUUGGGGACGAGAGAGCCUUGUGCCUGGUGGAGAUUAAGAGAGUGAAGCAGUCUCUGGCCCAGUCCCACCUGCCCAGCCAGUCUGAGCUGGCUCCCCACAUCUUUGAGACGGUUAAAGGCUGCCAUCUGUUUGCCGCUGGAAGAGUAGACAACGGCUCUUGUAUAUGCGCUGCGAUGCCAAACAAAAUCACCAUUCUGCGAUACAAUGACAGUCUUAGCAAAUACUGCAUUCGUAAGGAAAUAGAAACCCUGGAGCCGUGCAGCUGCAUCCAUCUGACCAGCUACAGCAUCAUCAUCGGCUCCAACAAGUUCUACGAGAUUGAAAUGAAGCAGUAUGUGCUCGAGGAGUUCUUGGACAAGAACGACGUGUCGCUGGCCUCGGCUGUGUUCGCGGCCUCCUCUCACAGUUUCCCCAUCGCCAUCAUGCAGGUGGCCAGCAGCAUGCAGAAGGAGGAAUACCUCCUCUGUUUUCAUGAGUUUGGCGUAUUUGUUGACUCUUAUGGACGAAGAAGCCGCUCAGAGGAAGUCAAGUGGAGCCGUCUGCCUUUAUCUUUCGCCUACAGGGAGCCCUACCUGUUUGUCACCUACUUCAACUCCCUGGACGUCAUCGAAGUUCAAGGACACGCAUCUCUGGGCCCCACAGUUCUGGCCCACCUGGACAUCCCGAACCCUCGCUACCUGGGCCCGGCCAUCUCUUCCGGGGCCAUUUACCUGGCCUCGUCCUACCAGAACAAACUACGGGUCAUCUGCUGCAAGGGAAGCCUGAUCAGAGAGUCUGGAGAGCUGCAGAGGACCGGCUCCAGCCGAGGUAGUCCCAGUAAGCCGGAGGCCAGAGGGCCUCCCACCUACACGGAGCACAUCUCCAAGCGCCUGUCGUCGGGCCCUGGCAGCCACGACGGCUUACAUCGGGAGCCGAGCACCCCGCAUCGUUACCGGGAGGGUCGCACCGAGUUCAGGAGAGACAAGUCUCCCGCCCGGCCGCUGGACAGGGAGAAGUCGCCCGGCAGGGUGCUGGACAGUCGCAGGGAGAGGUCUCCUGGGAGGUUCGGAGACAGCACCCGACUGCAUGCUGGGUCUGUCCGAACACAGCUGGCCCCUGUUAACAAGGUGUGGGAUCAGUCAUCAGUGUGAACCCUCGCCGCCGCUCUUGGCCGGAGUCCGACCAGAACACGUGGGAGACCCUUAAUCCUCUGAGUGCAAGCACACCAACACACCGCUAAGGCUGACCGUCUGUCCCUGCGCCUGUACAUAGUGCAACACAAACCUGCAAUGGGAGACGUCUCCUGUGACAAUCCUCUUUCCUGACAUGUGCUUUCGUGGGCGUGAUCCCGCAGGGGAGUCGGCGGGCAGGGAACUGGCGCUGACCCACAGAUCCAGAGAAUCUACUUUAUAAGAAACACUUCUAGUUGUACAUAUAGCUGUCUGGGUUUUUAUAGAAAAAGGGAAGGGUCGGCCGGUGAAGCCACGUCUAUUUUUUUUAAAGAGUUUCUAAAGAUGUUGCGAGGAGAUUACUGACGUCGUUGGUUAAGAAAUACAAAAACAAACAUUCUUAGAGGCCCAAGUUCAGCUUUAGGUAUUUUCUCUGAUUAGAGAAGUCAUACCAGGUUUUAAAUACUCACAUAUUUCAGGAAGAGAGAGCAGUCUGGGGGGUUGGGGGCAAUACUUUGCACAAGAGAUUGGAUUUGAACAGGAGUCAAAGACCUCUGGAUUAAAUAGCCUUUGGUAUAUAAAUGCAUAUAUGCUUUAUUGACUGUUGUCGUCUGGCAAUACUUUGUAGAACUUCAAGUAAGCAAUGUUUAGCUCCAAGUGUUCCUUGUGUUGUUUUUGGCAAGCCUCAGAAAAAGAGCCCCGCCGCUCUGCGUCCGGCGCCGGCCCCGCGCGGUGCAGUCAGGUUGACACCGCCUCGGCCAAGCGUCGUGCACGCGUCCUGUGUCUGUGCAGUGAUGUGAAGUGUGCGUCAGGGGUCGUCACCUCCUAGUAUCGUUUCUUUGGGACGGCUGAAACCACCUCAACUUGCCGACAUCAGUGAGCAUGACUUACUUACAGCAGUACUCGUCGCUUCUUUGAAUCUUGAUUCUCUUAGUUCUACUUUUCUGUCAUGUAUUCACUUAAUUCUGCAUUCAAUAAGUAGACAUUGAUGUUAGACAGUAACUUAAGACUUCCUGGAUUUUUAGAGAUGUAU